GUAUUUCCGUACGGGUAUGACGCAAAAGCAUAUGUUGGAUUACCAUGACGUCAUACACACAGUACUCAACAAAGGUUGCCUUCACAAUCAGUACUUAGUAGUUGCGACUACAUUUUAAGAUACCAAUUCUAAACCAAGUUCGUCGACACCUCACUUCAACAUGCCUGAAAUCAAAUCCAAGCAGGGCGAGCCGAUCCAUAAAGGUGAUCAUGUUUACACAAAGAUCAGAGGCGGUCGACAUGAGGGCGAUGUUGAGAAAGUCGUGACCACCGAGGAAGAGGCAAAGAAAGAGGGCGUGAAGAAUCCGCCCAAGGUGUUGUUUACAGAUCAGAAGGGGAAGUUGGUCGCACACAACCCUGGAACACUUGAAAAAGUGGAUUAGGAGGACUGUUUCGUGCGUCUGCAGCAAGAGGCUUAGAAGCCCUUCAGCCUUCCCUCACGAACAAAUUCCUUUUAUAUCAUCUCGACCUCUUAUGCCUUGUUCCAUGGCUUCAGAACAUGUUCCCUUGCCUAGCUUGUCCUCAAUUAUCCGGGUGCUCAAGUCCACAGCGAAGCCUCCAAAUUCGAGUCUGAUGGCUGGGAGGUCUCCUUCCUGGGUUUACCCUGUUCGAUAUAUUAGCUACGGUCUAAUGACAAUCUUCCGCACGCGAUUCCGUUGAUCUCAGACUUACCGGGUCAUUAAAGUAGAAUCCGUUCAUGUUCUUCUCCUCGAUUUCAGGGCUGGUAGCUAUAUAUCUAUG